GUUCUCCCUCCACAUAGAUGGCGCAGUUAACCCCCGUGACGUCACAACCUCCUCUGACCUUGAAGGACGUCUAUAUAUAAAGGUAAUCUGCUCUCUGCUCACCAGUGCCGGGAUUGUCUUCCUCCGCUGCGAACGUUAACUCCUACAAAAUUUCAUCACGAUGCUGAGGGUGAUAUUGCUGUGCCUGGCGGCGGGGUCGACCCUUGCCCAGAGUACCAACAGUACCAACCAAGGAAACACUCGUAUCUUCGGUCUGGGUAGCCUCCUCUCGGGCUUGACUGGGAACAGACCUAACAGACCCAACAGACCCUUCGGCGGAGGCUUCAACCAGGGAGGCUUUAACCAGGGAGGCUUCAACCAGGGAGGCUUCAAUCAAGGCUUCAACCCAGGAUUUAAUCAGGGAGGCUUCAACCAAGGUUUUAACCCGGGAUUCAACCAGGGAGGUUUCAACCAGGGAGGUUUUAACCAAGGAGGUUUCAAUCAGCUUGGCAACUUGGUCGGCGGAAUCGCUGCGGGUAUCCUCGGCCAAUCCUCCGGCUUCCGACCUCCCUUCAACGGCGGAGGCUUCAAUCAGUUCAAGCCAGGUCGUUGCCCCGCGGUGCGACCCCAGUGUCCGAACACAAGGUUUGGCGGUCCUCAGGUUUGCAGCAAUGACUUCUCUUGCGCGGGUUCGGACAAGUGCUGCUUCGACACCUGUCUCAGGGAGCGUGUGUGCAAACCCAUCGUGUCUUUUGGGUAGUGAUUUUCUCUCCUAAUUGUGAUUAUUUUGUGUGUGUGUGUGUUCGUAAAUACAGUUUUAUGUAUUUAAAAAAUAUAUAUGUAUGAAUAUGUUA